AAAAAAAGCUCCACCAGCGGACGGUUUCAAGUUCCCCCCUCUGGUGAAACCCUGCCUGAUUUGUGGGCAAUGUUGGGAUGUAAAAAAAAGGAAAUCGGAGCAAAGAGAGAGAGAGAGAGAGAUAGAGAGAGAGGGAGAGAGAGAGAGCGAGACAGAGGAGGGAGAGAAAGAGAUCGAGAGAGGGAGACAACACUAACUGGGUAGCUAUGGAGAUACCUGCUAGCUUUCUUUGACAGGUGCCGAGUGGGAUAAAAUAAAGUCGCCGAGCAGCUUCCACGAUGUACGGCAAGGGUAAAGGAGCUGUGGUCCCCUCAGACAGCCAAGCGAGAGAAAAGUUGGCGUUGUAUGUGUACGAGUAUCUGCUACACGUGGGAGCACAGAAGUCGGCACAGACCUUCCUGUCUGAGAUCCGAUGGGAGAAGAACAUCACAUUAGGGGAGCCCCCUGGAUUUCUCCAUUCGUGGUGGUGCGUAUUCUGGGACUUGUACUGUGCAGCUCCAGACCGAAGGGAGACGUGUGAGCACUCCAGUGAGGCCAAGGCCUUCCAUGACUAUAGUGCAGCAGCAGCACCCAGCCCGGUGAUGGGCAACAUGCCCCCCAACGAUGCCAUGCCAGGCGGGCCCAUGCCUCCAGGCUUCUUCCAGGGACCGCCCGGCUCUCAGCAGUCCCCCCACGCACAGCCCCCCCCACACAACCCAAGCAACCCCAUGAUGGGACCCCAUGGUCAGCCUUUCAUGUCACCACGGUACCCGGGUGGACCGCGUCCCGCUCUCCGAAUGCCAAAUCAGCCUCCAGGUGGAAUCCCGGGAUCUCAGCCUCUCCUGCCAAACAGUUUGGACCCGACACGGCCGCAAGGACAUCCUAACAUGGGUGGUCCAAUGAGGAUGAACCCUCCUCGAGGAAUGGCCAUGGGCCCACAGAAUUACGGGGGCAUGAGGCCUCCCCCCAACUCCAUGGGCGGCCCCAUGCCAGGAAUGAACAUGGGUCCAGGAGGAAGAGGGCCAUGGCCGGGGCCUAAUGCUAACUCAAUAGCAUACUCCUCCUCAUCUCCAGGAAACUAUGUGGGUCCACCAGGCGGCGGAGGUCCACCCGGAACUCCCAUCAUGCCCAGCCCAGACUCCACUAACUCCAGUGAAAACAUUUACACCAUGAUGAAUCCUAUUGGACCCGGAGGCAACAGACCCAAUUUCCCAAUGGGACCAGGGCCUGAUGGACCGAUGGGCGCCAUGGGAGCCAUGGAGCCGCACCACAUGAACGGUUCGCUUGGGUCUGGAGACAUGGAUGGCUUGCCAAAGAGUUCUCCUAACAACAUGGGGGGCAUGAGCAACCCUCCCGGAACGCCGAGAGACGACGGCGAAAUGGGCGGCAACUUCUUGAACCCAUUCCAAAGCGAAAGUCCCUCCGGAGCAGCCCUGGAGCAUGCUGGGACUCUAAUCAAGACGGGCCCUUCGGGAGCGUGCAAGAUGGCCACCGGCCCGAGCAGGAAGUUGUCACAGAGCAGCAGGAAGAGCCUCUUCUCGAAUUCGGGCCCGAGCCUGCCCGGCUUCCUGUCUGCUUCGAGACAAUGAGGACAAACUGGAGGGUGGGGAAGGAGACUGACUGAGGACACAAUGUUGGCUCUUUUCAGCAGCGGUCUGGAAACGUCAUCAGACUUUUUUCAAGUUGUUUUUAAAAGUGAUGUUUCCAACAGAUUGGAUGCAGGGUCUGCCGACAGGACCUCUCCGACCCUUGACAUUAUUCUCUCUGUGUGUACAUUUUGAACAGAGGUGUUGUGAUGAUCCGUGAAUUUUUUUUUCCUAUUUUGUGUAUGUAUUGUAUCAUUGCUAUUUUUAUUAUUAUUGUAUUAUUGUUAAUUAUAUUGCUAUGGUCAUUUUUAAAGAUUAGGAUCAAAUUUUUCCUUUAUUUUUAUUUUAGGGGCACAUUACAGUAUAACAUCACUGGCUGGCGAAAAACAUGUAUCUCCAUAUUGGGGUUUUUUUUCCCUUCUUUUUAUUCCAACAAAUUCUCAGUUUUUUAAUUAAACAUAUAAAAAUCUACCAAAAAUGUAGAUGAACAUACAAGUGUCUGGAACACUUAAUUUAUUUGAUCAUUUUGCGUAACUUCACUUAGUAAUUUUUUGUGUGAUAAACAUAAAAAUCCACCAAAAAUGGGCAAUAUACAAUUGUCAGGAAGGUUUUUUUUUCUAAUUUAUUUUGAUUCCAUACUUUUUUGGGGGCGAUGGAUAAAAACACAUCAAAAAUUUGGAUAAGUAUAUAUAACUGUCCAGAAGUUUUUUUUGCGUAAUGUCACUUGCUAAUAAAAACAUGUAUAUCAAAUUCAUAUAUUUUUUUAAGUACUAGUUUUAAUUACAUUUUUGGAUAACGAUAAAAAUCCAGUACACUCAAAAUUUAUAUAUAUCAAUUUUACGGAAGAUCCCCCGGAAUAAAAAUACAUAACACAUAUUACCUAUAAAUUAAAAAAAAGAUUGUUUUGUCAUUGCAUAACGUCAAUCACAUUAUGCAAAAAAGUAAUUUAACCCUAAACACAGUUUUUUGUUGUUAAAAAGAACGUGGAUUUACAUGUUUCCUAGUCAGCCACCACAAUUGAGUACACACAAAUCCAAACUUUAAUGAUGUGACCUCACUGCCCCCUGCUGGUAAGACCACAAUAUAGCAUCGGUUGGCCUACUGCUUUGUUUGUUUGUUUGUUUGUUUGUUUUUUUUAACUCAACAACACAAAUCCAAACCUGAUUUUUUUCAUGUUAAAGAAAGAAAUGCACAGCUCUAUUUAUUUAAGGACUUUUCUUUUUGUUGGUUACUUUGACCUGAGAGUCAUGGUUACAUUUUCAAAGUGUUAUUCUCGUAGUAGCAACUGUGUAAAUAUGCAGAUCCAGUCAGCACUGUGUCCUCAUCUGUGUGAUGUCAACCACAGCCUCCCUACAAAGGUACUGACCCCAACCUUCGUGACCCCCCCCCCCCCCCCCCCAGUCCCACAUGCUGCUCACGCCGAGUUUGGACUGUCUGUGUUUGCAUUUGGACAUUUUUCUUUGGAGUUAGUCCCCAACAAAAAGGUCGCCCCACUUCUCUGUGUUUAUAUCCGAGUCCUGGGAGGGCAGCCUCGUGGUAGCAGCGUUCUCUCGGCUCGGGUGCCCCCUUGUUGAUGUUUGCUAACCGGGGGGCGGCGGCAGUCACAGUCAGCAUCCCCUUUCAGAUUCUCUCCCAUCUAUUUUUUUUUCUUUAAAUUAGUUUUGUAAAUACUGUACAAUGAGUUUUGAUAUCAUUGACAUGUUUUGAUAUUUCAAAUGACAGUCGGAACAGAAACUUGGAACGGGGGGGCGGGAGACAAGGUGUGUUUGUCCCACUUUGUCUUGGAGGGGCACUUUUUCAUGGACGCACUCAAAUUCCCUUAGAAGACUCUUAAAGGGCGCACUCACACCGGAGCAUGUCAACCGUGCCGGACUUGGGCGGCACUCACACUGCGUUGCAUUACAGCGUUGAAGUGGACCAUCACUUCAUGACACAACACACCACUUUCCUGACUUGGUGGCUUAUUUUCAGCCAUGUUCCUUUAGAACGAUAAUAUAGUUAUUCAAAUGAUAUCACCCUAACGUCUACAGCGAGUGUGAGCGACAUGUCAACUUUGAUUUAGUGGAUUAUUUGGAGUCAUUCUGAUUGGUUGUAAGGUGCACGCUGGCUGGUUGUCAUGAGAAAAUGGCAACAGGAGCGAUGAUAUAAUUAUAUAAUUAUAUAUCAUACAGUAGUUAUAUCAUUCAAUGACGUGUUUACGUUGCGCAUGAGCGAUUGAACCAUCUAUUUUGAUUUUGUGGAUUAUUUUGACUCAUGUUAAGGUGGUGGGUUAUCGUGAGCAACUGGCGGCAGGAGCGACUAUAACAUAUAUCAUAUAGAUAUUAUAAUUAUAUGACAUGUCUAUAAUGUGCACAAACGAUUGAUAUAUAACAUUUCAUAUAUAUCAUAUAUAUCAUAUAGAUAUUAUGUCUAUAAUGUGCACGAUCGAGCCAUUAACAUUGAUUUUGUGGAUUUAGAGUUUGAGGUGCAAGGUGUCCGGUUAUCAUGAUUAACUGGCAACAGGAGCGUGGAUGUAAUUAUAUAUCAUACAGUAGUUAUAAUUCUUAAGAUAUGUUUACGUUGCGCAUUAGUGAUCGAACCAUCUAUUUUGAUUUUGUGGAUUAUUUUGACUCAUUAUGUUAAGGUGGUGGGUUAUCAUGAGUAACUGCCGGCAGGAACGACUAUAACAUUAUAUAUAUAUAUAUAUAUAUAUAUAUAGAUAGAUAGAUAGAUAUUAUAAUUAUAUGACAUGUCUAAAAUGUGCGCAAAUGAUUGAAUCAUCAACAUUGAUUUUGUAGAUUUUGAGUCAUUCUGAUUCUUUUUAAGGUGCGAGGUGUCCGGUUAUCAUAAAUAACUGGCGUCAGGAGCGAUGAUGUAGUUAUAUAUAUCAUACAGUAGUUAUAAUUCAUGUUUACCAUGAGGGAUUGAACCAUCUAUUUUAAUUUUGUGGGUUAUUUUGACUCAUUAUGUUAAGGUGGUGGGUUAUCAUGAGUAACUGGCGUCAGGAGCGACCAUGUAAUUCUAUAUCUUAUAGUUGUGAUAAUUCUAUGAAACAUCUACGUUGCGCACGAGGGAUUGAACCAUCUGCUUUGAUUUGGUAGAUUUUGAGUCUUUCUGUUGACGUCCGUGAUGCCGGUUGGUUAUCAUGUCUACCUGCCGCAGGGAGAAUAGCAUGAAAUGACUCAUCUACAUUUUGUGCUCACACAUGAGCAAACAAACGUGUCGGCUUUGAUAUUGUGGAUUAUUUUGAGGCUUUCUGUCACACAAGCUUGGAGAGACGUACAUACAGUACCAGUCAAAAGUUUGGAGACACCUACUCAAUAAAUAACGUGAUGAAGCGUCUCCAAACGUCUGAUUUGGUGAUGAGUUGCGCAGCCUGAGUGUUGCCUAAUGUGAGUGCGCCAGUCAUUAAAACCGUGCGUGUCCAACAACUAUUGAAUUCAUUGCAAGUUAAACAGGAAAUGUAUUUUAACUGUGAAGGAGGCCAUUUUUGUUGACACAUAUCCCUUCUUCUUUACUAUGAAGGAUUUCUUUUCAAAUCUAUUUCCAAGUGCAGGAACAGGGUUUAUACAUAUAUAUACACACACACACACAUAUAUAUAUAUAUAUAUACGUAUAUAUGUAUGUAUAUAUAUAUAUGUAUGUAUAUAUAUAUAUAUAUGAGGGGAAAAAACACUGUACAAAAACUGCAGUCCAACUUCACACUCUUUAUUUUCUUACUGUUAUGUAAGAAGAAGAGUCGUGGUGACACCAUUGAGGAUCAUUUCUGUAUUUCUAUUGUGCUGGUUGUAAAAUACUGUAACAUUGAAAAACAAAGAGGGGGUGAAAUGUUCAGUUCCUUUAUUUGGGUGGAUUUUAAUUUUUCCUCUGAUGACAAAGCAGUAUUGAACAUGAGGCAUUGUGUCCACAGGGGGUGGGGGGGUUGCUUUGUAUCAUGUUAGGUUCCCCCCCCCAUCCUUAAAUGUCUUGUGUAGUUAAAAAAAAUCUUCUAUGUAUGAUUCUUUAUAUUGAUUUAAAAAAAUGUUAUCGGGGGGCAAACUGCAUUGAGAAUUAAUAAAUGUAUUUUUUUUCAGGGUUUUUUUUCA